GUUUGUUUACUGUGUACUGUAUUGUUGUCUGCGUUGCCUCGGAUACUCAGGGGAAGUUUGUAAAUCGUUCGUUAGAAAGAAAUCGACUAUGGCGGCCUUACGAUUAGUUUCGUGCGUUUUUCUGUUGUUUGGUGCUUCGUGUGGCUUCAAAUUCGCAGACCGUGGAUGGAGAGACAAGCCCCAUGAAGGCAGGUACACGAAAGGAAUCGGUGAUUACGAUCUGCUGGUGCCGGUGAGAGUCGAUCCUGAAGGUUCCUUCGUCUCGCACUCUCUCCCGAGUUUCUUCCAGCAGGACGUAAGAAGGAGGAAGCGGGAGGCACGUGCGGAUUCCGAAAGAGUGCAUUAUGGGAUUAAUCUGGACGGACAGGACCACGUGGUGGAGCUGUGGCCGAACCACGGUCUGAUCUCGCCAGGAUUCGUUGUGGAGACUCGGCAGUCAGGGUCUGCGAGUGAUCUCAACAGGCUCAAGAUCCGAUCUGUGAACGAUUCGCAGUGCCAUUACACCGGGAGGAUCAAGGGACAACCAGAGUCACGGGUGGCGCUCUCUACUUGCGACGGAAUCGUCGGUCACAUCAGGACCAAAAGGGAUGUUUACCUCAUCGAACCCGUUGAAGGUCAUGAACCCGAAGUCAAUGGUCAACAUUUACAUCUUGUUUACAAGAGAUCCGCCAGUCACGAUCGCAAAGGAAAGUGUGGUACAAGAAACGACUGGGAAACCGCGUGGGCAAAUCGUUUGAAAAACGAGUACAAACAAAAAAAAGACAAUGCCCGUAAACGUUCCGUCUGGGAUGAUACGCGAAUGGAUUUUAAUAGAAAGAGAUCUGUUGAUGACGACACCAAGUACAUUGAAGUGAUGCUUGUAGCUGACAAGAAAUUCCUUGAGGUCCGGAAAGACAUCGACUACGAGCAAUACCUCCUCACAGCCACGAACAUGGCUUCUGAUAUCUUGCAUGACGAGACUGUGGGACAGACAAUGGAUUUGGUGUUGGUUCGAUUAAUGUAUCUGGAGAAAGAAGAUGAAGAGGUUGGUCUUACAAUCAACACAGACGCUGACGCUACUCUAACAAGUUUCUGUAAAUGGAGCACAAGGAAGAAUCUUGCGCCGACGCAUCCAAACCAUCAUGACAUAUCUGUCCUUGUUUCGAAGCAUGACAUGUGCUUAGGACCGGAUGACUGCGGAACUUCGGGUCUCGCUGAUAUUGCAGGCGCCUGCGGUCCGAACCAAUCUUGUUGUAUCUGCGAAGAUAAAGGCUUAGUUGUUGGUACCAUCAUUGCACAUGAAAUAGGCCACUUGUUGGGUGCUGACCACGACUCUGAAGAUGACAACCCCCCACCGGGAGAAUGCCCGGGAGCAGUAGAAGGUUACAAUAUCCAUGUUAUGGCACCGUGGUCUCAGGUUUCGCCUGCGAGUUGGUCAACUUGCAGCAAGAAAUUCAUAGCAGAAUUUUUUGAGAGCGGCUUAGGUACUUGUCUGUUAAAUGAACCUCAAGAACACGACUUCAAAUUUCCUGAAAUGCUUCCUGGCGUUUUGUAUGACCGUGCGUGGCAGUGUAUCGACAGUUUUGGACCUAUGGAGCCUUGCGACCACGGCCCGGAUAAAAACUGCAAGUACCUGACGUGCAGGACCGCCGGUGCCCAGGAGUGUACUUUUAUCGGCCCACCAGCCGAUGGAACCAGCUGCGGCGAUAACAAGUGGUGCUUUUCGGGCGAAUGCGUUGAUGUCGGUGUGAGGGCGAAGGCCGUUAAUGGCCAGUGGGGAGAGUGGGGCUCGUGGUCCGAGUGUUCUAAGAAAUGUGGUGGUGGAACAUCUUCCAGUGAACGCAAAUGUGACAACCCCAGAACUGCUGGCCACGGGGAGUAUUGUCUUGGGAAACGUCGCCGACACAGACCGUGUAAUACCGAGGCUUGCGAUAAGUAAAUAACACAGGAGUGCGGUGUGAAGCCCAGAACGAAGAUGACGUCAAGUGAACGCCUGGUGGCGCACUGGUGAAUGGGGCAAAUGCAGUGGCUGCUUUGACGGGCCACAUCGUGAAUACCAGGUUGUGGAUUGUGUUAAACAGUCUCCAUUUGAAGACGAUGAAGACGGCUGUCUUCUGGGUUGCAGCGCCACGCAGUCUUUCAGUCGUUUACUGAUGAUUCAGCGUACAUGCUGCCUCCAACAUCAGGGUUAUGAGUGUAGGAGGAAGCAACGACGUCUGAAAUGCUGGUGAACUUCUGCCGGAGUACUCGGUGCUACAACCCAGAAGACAGCCAUCCUUAAGAACCUCAGAUCCUUCUUGUUAAAAACUUUCAUUUGUGAAAAAUUAUGUAUUUCUAAAUUUCAUUAAAACUCUUUUCUAAAAUCUAA